AUGGAUGACGGUGCUGGCGGUGCCGUGACAUUGCGUGACACGGUGGCUGAUACGUCCUCGCGGUCAUACACGGCCACGGGUCUUACGACCGACACAGUGUAUGUUGUGCAGGUCAGCGUGGUAACCACAACCGCCGAAUCAGACCUUUCCACGGCCUUAUCAGUGCGCUCGUGCCCACUACCUGACACACCAGCGGCACCUACCCGAAAGUCUUCCACUGCAACAACGGUCACGGUGCAGUGGACAGCGCCUGCAGACAAUGGCUGCCCCAUGACCGGGUACCGGGUUUACAUCGACACGAACCUGGAUGGCACGGCAGAGAGUGAGAUCUAUCCAGGAGCUGGUGAUGCUACCGACCCUCUGGACACCAACCUGGUUGCCAACGUGCUCGAGUACCAACACACAGGUCUUGUGUCCGGAACACUGUACGCCUUCAGAGUGCGCGCAUACAACAGCGGCGGCUAUGUUGAGAGCAAUUGGGUCACCAUCAAGGCUGCGGGUGAGCCAGCACAAAUGUCCGCACCAACCCAGGAUGCAAGCACGGGCAGUGCUACCAGCAUUGUCCUGGUCUACAGCGUUCCCAGCAUGGAGGGCGGCAAUGCUGUUGGCUUCAAGGUCUACCGAAACGAUGGUGGUGCCACAGCUAUGAAUGGCUCGCCAGAUGCGACAUGCAACAGAGAGACUGUGCCAGCACCGCAGACCUGUACGUUGACGGGUCUCAGCUCUGGUGCCACGUAUGCUGUUCAGAUGCUGGCCAUCAAUGAUGUUGGCGAAGGACCGCUGUCCACAGCAGCCACCCUCUUCGCGGCUGCAGUACCUGCGCAGAUCACAGACCUCGUGAAUUCUGCCGGUGCUUUAACACCAUCGCUAACCUUCACUUGGACAGCACCCUCUGACAACGGGGCUUUCAUUUACAACUACGUGGGCGAGAUGCGCGACGUGGCAGCUGACACGACGCAGGCCUGGGAUGCAACCGGCACGAGCGGUUCACCCCAGACAGGCACCACUUACACGAUCACUGGCUUGAAUCUCGUGGCGAAGAAGCAGUUCCAGUUCCGGGUGAGGGCGGUGAACAAGAUGGGCAAUGGUCCCUGGUCCAGCUGGUCCUCGCUGGUCGACCCUCCACGGGGCUGGUGCUUGGAUGCGCCAAACACACCUGGAAACUUCGGAAGGCAUCCAGAUACAGCCGUCAGUGGCACGAUCCAGAUCAGCUGGGACCCCCUUCUGACCGACGCAGAAGCUGGUGGCGACAACGCGGACAAUGUUAUCUACGAGGUCUACGCAGGAGCUUCCACGGGAAGCAUGACGAAGCAGACGACCGUUUCGGACACGGACACCAACUUCACGCUGGCUGUGACCACGGGCACGACUUACUACUUCCAGGUUCGAGCCGUGAACGUAGCUGGCGUAGGGUCGCCUUGGGCAGGGCCCAUCGCGCUGGUCAGCGCUGAGGUUCCCGGUCAGCCCACGAUCCUCUCGUGCACCAGUACUGUGGCCGAGCAGGUCGACAUGUCCUGGACACCAAACGCUUUCAACGGCAACUCCAUUGUCACUCAUUACAUCGUCAGCGAAGACAACUUCACCAAUUCCACGGGCGCAAUGGCAGAGGUCAGCAACACCAUCACGAGCGCAAGCUUCUUUGGGCAAGAUCCAGGCGUGCAGAACCACUAUGGCGUCAGAGCAGUCAACUCCGUCGGUGAGAGCUUCGAGGCAAUGUGCACAGUGACGCCAAUGGCACGCUGA